AUGGAACAAUUAAGUAGUCUUAAUACGACCGAACCAAUUGAUUUUGAUAAUUUAAAUAUUGUUAUUCGUCCGCGACCACCAAGACGCCGGCAAAGUGGAGCAUCAUUGGUACCAUUUCGACCCUAUGUUAAAUGUCUAACUAGUGUACGAAAACCAUUCGCAUUUGCUAACGGAAAAGAUUCAUGGGUUACUAUGGGAAAGACAGAACAAUUAUUUAAACAAGAAAAUGCAAGAUGUAUUGGUUCAUUGAUGGAUGAUUGUGAUAUAUCAGAUGUUAUUCGAUGGGAUAUUGAAGGGGAAUCAACUCGUUUACCCAUGAUGUGCAAAUUAUGGAUAAUUGUUGAUGGUGCUGUUGUCGAACGUGGAAAACCACAUUUAGUUCAAGAUGCAGCUGUUCAAGUGUUCACAUCAGGUCGUAAUCGUCAUUCAAUAUUCUCAACUGAACUACGAUAUAGGCAGGUCAUAAUGCCAAAAAUUGAUCGGCGUCGUCGUCAUUCAUGGCAUGAGAUUAAUGAAUAUCAUAGUGUACCCUAUUAUCAAUAUACCCGUUCUGUUCGAUCAGGAAAUUCAAAGGGUGUCCAAUGUGAUCUUGAUAAUGAACAUUUAACAAGUAGCGAAGAGAUUCUUCCUUUUAUUAACGAAGAAACAGUUGAUGAACAUCGAACGACAAACAUAGAACAACAUAAUGCCGCCGAAACAGUACAUAAUCAAUCAAUAUUAUAUGAACGAGUUCAUGUUUCAAUAAUGACACAAACAGAAUAUAAACCUAUGGAUCAAUCAACAGAAACUGAUCAUGAGUUUGUUAAAUUAUUUAAUCUUGAUGUAGAAACAAAUGAAGAUCUUCUAUCAUCUAUUGCAAAUCCAUAUAUUUGCGAUGAGAAUAUUUCCUCAAAUUAUCAUUGUCAAACAAAAAUAAUGAAUCUUAAUGGUCAACAAUAUUCAAAUAAAUCUGUAUCGACCGGCGAUGACUAUCCUCAAUGGUGGCUUCAACUUUCAGCUAAUAUAAUUUUAUCUAGUUAUAUUACAAAACAUGGCGAAGAAAAAGAAAUAAGUUUACUUCGUAUUUCUCCAAGACAAUGCGAUCAGUCAAUACAAACAGUUAGUGAAGAAGAUAUAGAAAUGUUAUUGGAAAGGCAAAGGACACCAUCAUCAUCACGAUCUUCAAAUAUUCGAAAAUCAUCAUCGUCUAUGACCAUAAAUAAUCACUAUGAGAUUAUUGAUGAAAUCGAUGAUGGAAAUAAUGCAAGAAGAUGCUUACCAUGUAUCGAUCAUUGUCAAAGGGUGGAUUCUCAUGGUGACUUAGAUUCUCAUUUAAGUGAUUAUCAAAUUGACAGUUCAUCAACAUGUGGAAAUAGACGUUCACGACGAAUAACAACAUCAUCAAAACAAUCUGACACUGGUUAUAAUACAGUUACAUCAAAUUUUGAUCAACAAUCAUGCUCAACACUCGAUCCUUGUACUAUUCAAAGUCCACAUAAUCAUUCGAUUAGUGAGACAAAUCGAAGAAUGCGGACAAAGAGUUCAGAAAAUACAUCAAUCACUGUAUUAGCAAAUUUGAUGGAGAGAUAUGAAAGAACAUUACGUGAAAGACAACGAGCUAUUGCCAUCAUCGAUAACGAAUUAUUAGACAUUGAAGAUGUUCUUAAACGUUAUAGGGAAAAAAUGCGAAAUCCAACAAUAGUACAAUCUGAUAGAACAACACAACUCUAUCGAGAUACAUCACUAAUACCGUCUCAUUCGCAAGAACAAAAUCCACCCGAUUCACAAUGUACAACUCAUUUAACAAAAAGUGCAUGUGAAUCAUUACCAAGUAGAACAGGUGCAGAACUAUUUCAAGAUUAUGUUCCAUCAUCUUCAAUGCGGAUUGAAAAUUCAAGUUUGCAUUACUCUCGACAACGGCAGCCACGCUUUGAUUAUUGUGAUCUAUGUUUAAAUGAUCAUAGUACAGGUUCAUCGUGGAUUCGUUUAAAUGAACAACGUAUUGAUGAAUUACAAAAACGUAUUGAUCUAAUGUUACAAAAUGAUGAUAUUGAAGAAGCUAAAUUUUUGUCGGCUAAUUCAAAGUUAAUAGCAAAUAGAGCAAGUAAACGUAUUGAUAGUAUUUUCAUGAGAAAGUCACAUCGUCAAAAUCGAAUAACAUAUUAUCAUGAUAGAAUUCUUUUACCUUAUCGAUAUAAUUUUCGCUUACCCUAUCGCCCAAUUCAAUCAUUGACAACUUCUCCUAGAUUAUUAACACGAACUGUAACACGAUCAAGAAUACCAGCAUCAAAAUCAGUAAGAAUUUCAACUAAUCAUGAUUAUAUUCCAAAUCAAAUUAAUCUUCGUGAACAAAUAUCAUCAUUAAAAUCUAUCUCUCGACCAACUGUGUCAAUUUUACGUCGUAAUAAUUCAAAUUCGAUUUCGCAUUCACGUCGACUAGUUGACACAUCACACAUAUGGAAAAGUAAUAUUGAUGGAACAGUUUAUAUACUUGAACAAUUCAGUAUUCCACGCUACUAUCGUUUAUACAAUGAUGUCAAUUUUAGAGAAGUUUACAAUUUCGCACGUACUCUUCAAUCGUAUGUAACUCAUAAUCGAAUAACUUCAAAAGAUUAUUCAUCGAUUGUUAAAAGUUUUGCACUAGAACAACAAUUACCCACUAUAACAAGCUUAGCAUAA